AUGGCCGUUUCUGAAUACGUCACGAGGCUUAUCUCACGUUGCUUCGAGUGCCAGGUGUUUAUGUUCGGGUCAGUGCCUCUGAAGACCUACCUUCCUGACGGCGAUAUUGACUUAACCGCAUUUUCCCGGGGUUCAACCGUGAAGGACGCGUGGGUGCUUGUCAAGUUUCUGGAGGUAUUCAGCAAGUUUGACUGGGAGCAGUUUUGCCUUAGCCUCAAAGGCCCCGUUCCUCUCUCGUCUCUGCCCACCAUGCUCGCUGAGAGGCCUGGUGGAGUAGAGGACCUGCUCCUCACAGACGAGUUUCUGGCAGAAUGUUAUGCCAAGUACUCACUGGCUCCCAUGGUCCAGAAGCGGCCGUUCAUGGUCAAAUGCCCUGCGGGCAUUCACAACCUUCUCAAUCCGUCCAUGUCUCCUCCUCGCGGCCCCCCUCGCCUCGUCCCUCCAGCCAACUUCUUCCGCAUCAGGAGCGCUCUGGCGUACGGCUCGCGCAAGCUGAACGCGGCGCUGAACGGCCCAGAGGAGCUGGUGGCUCUGGAGGUGGACCGAUUCUUCCGCAACACGUGGGUCCGCAACGCCUCUGGCUCCCGCCCAGACGGCUCCAACCACGAGUUUGUACUCCAGCACAUGCCCCGCCGCUUGCCGCUCUUUGCUCAACCUAUGCCCCCCCCGGUGCAAGCCGGAGGCGUGGCGCCCGCAGCUGCAGGCGCGGCAGCAGGUGCAGGAGUAGGGGCAGGAGCAGGAGCAGGGGCGGGGACUGGUGUUUAUGCUGUUAGGCCGGUCGUGGGUGUUGGUGGGGGGUACCGGGGGCAAGUGAACGCAGCAGCGGCUCAUGAGAACAAGCCUCCGGGGGAGGGGGAUGUUAUGCGGGCGCCAUACUCCCAUGGGGGGCAGCAUGGCGUGGUGAUGAACGGAAACGUGGCCGGUCAUAUUCCUGGGAACGUGGCUGGGAACAUGGGUGGAAAUAUGGGUGGGAACAUGGGUGGGAACAUGGGCGGGAACAUGGGGAGGCGGCAGCAGGUACAGGCGUCAGAUGGGCCCCACCGGGUGCCAUAUGGGGGAGGUCAUACCUGGAUCCCGGCUCCUCUGUUCCCUGUGCCUGCUAAUGUGGCGCAUGUUCCCGGUGCAAGGGCUUCCCCUCCCAUGGCUGGUGGUCCGAGACACGCCGUUCGUGCUGCUGACAGUAAAGCUUCUGUGGAGCAAGACGCGUUGGUGAAUGAGCUUGUGGAGAGGAAGAAGGCGGGAAGUGUGGUUGCACGCCCAAGGGAGGAGCAACGAAGCGGGAGUGAACGGAGUGGAGGAAACGAGAGGAACGAAGCGAGUGAAAGGAAUGAAAGAAUUGAAGGGAGUGAAAGCCAGGGCGCACAGCAGGGCGCACAGGGAGGGUUGGACGGAGCAGGGAGUGCAGGACCUGCUGUUAGCUCAGGGAAAGGCGAGGGGGAGGCAACAGCAAGGCAAUCAGAGGCAGCGGCACGAGUCAUGUCCAGCACCAGUUCCCCAACACCCGACACCAUUCUCACCACCAUAGACGCCCGUUCCCAACCCGUACAACCCAGUGCGCCCCCUGCUCCGCUCGGCCCUCCUCUAGGCCCCCCAGCCAGCUCCUCCGCAGGUCCCUCACCACUCCCCCCCCAUGUCAGCCCGUUUCCGUUCCCGCCUGGGCUCCUCAUAAUGGCCUCUACCCCCAACGGCCCCUGCCUUGUCCCUCUCUCCGCCUUCCCAGGGGCGCUUCACCCGCGACUGCUACAGAUGCCCAUGCAGCAGCUACAGGCGUUUGGAUCUCAGCCGUCGGAUGAGAGCUUCUCCCAGCAGCUACAGCAGCAGCUGCUGCAGCAGAUGCAGAUGCAGCUGCAGAUACAGCAGCAGCUACAGCCGAGACGAGAUGGGGAAGCCAAGGCACCUGGUCCAGGUUCAGGCAACAACCCGCCGCACAUCAUGCCAGGAUCCCAAACCAGGCUCCCUGUUUCAAAUUCGGAUGGUUCCGCGUCUCUUCCUCCAGUACCACAGCUCUUUCCAUACAUGGCGCUUCCCAUGCCCCUGCCGGCAGCAGCAGGCUUCCCACAGGCGCCUGGGCUCGUGCCUGUGCGACCGGGAGGGUCUGAAGGGGAAGGGCCGUACAGGGGAGCGUUUGGUGUGAGUGACAGUGCUUCUUACGCGGAUGGCCCUGGGGUUUCAGACGCAGCAGGUGGUGGUGGUGCUGCUGCUGCUGCUGUUGCUGCCGGUAGCAGUGGUAGCGGUGGUGAUGGCGGUAGGGGAGACUCAGGUGCUUCACCUGCUGCUGUGCCACCUCCUAUGUUGUGGCAAAGGAUGGACCAGCUGCAGCAGGCGCCAGGCGCGAAGCUACAGGAACCAAGGCAAGCACCCGGAGAGCUGAUCGGAGCAGCAGCCGGAGCAGCAGACGGAGUGCAGGCCCCGUUACCUGAGGGCGUGAAGUCAGUCACACCCCCUCCAGGCCAUGUCCCGUUCAUUCCCCUCAUCCGGCCAGCCUCUGGCGCCCCUCCCUUCGCCCAAAUCCCCGGCAUGGCCCCGUUCCUCCCGCAAAUCCCCAUCAGAGCGCUGCAUCUCGCGCCCCCUUGGAUGUUCCCCCCACAUGCCCAUGCGCCCAUGCAAGCCCAGGGCGCUGGCGUGGCAGCAGGUGAUUGGUCGGAUGGGCUGGCCAGGGCGGGUUCGCCUAUGGCUGGUAACGCUCUGGGUCUGUCUGGGUCUGCAGCGGUGGGGGCGAGUGCGGAUGGGGAUGGGAGGGAGGAGGUGGAGAAAACAGGAGUAGGGCUCGUGGCAGGACUGGGGGCAGGACUGGGGGCAGGAGCCGGGGCAGGUCCCAGGGCAGCAGCAGGGGCGCCCGUGGUGUUUGUAGGAGAGGGAAAGGCAGGUGUUGGCACUAGCAGCAGCAGUGGUGGCGAUGCCAGUGGGUGGAGUGGUGGUGGGAUUGCCGGGCCACAGCUUACCCCGUUGACCCCGUUGACCUCCACUGGUUCGCCUUUGGUGGGUUCGUUAGCCAUGCCAUUGGGCAGGGAAUCUCCAGGGCAGUCACCUGCCCUGAAUAGACCCUCCCAAGGCGUACCCGCCCCAAGUAGACCCUCCCCAGGUGCACCCACCCCUCUGCUCCACCCGACGUCUGCCAUUCCGUCAUCCACGUUUGGCCCAUCCAACCCAAGCACCGAUCCCACAAAGCAGCAGCCAUAUGUCCCAUCCACUUUCCCCACUGGGGUUCCAGGGUCCUCAGGGGUUCCAGGGGUUCAAGGGGGAGGUCCUGGUGCUAACCCGGGGGGCGUAUUCCCCCUCCACCCCUUCUCUCGCCCGCUAGGUCCCCAAGCUGUGCUGCUGUCUCAUCUAGGCGGUCCGCCUGGUGUCUUUCCCUCGUACGUCCUUGCUAAUGCUCCCGUCACGCAAGCAGGUGCACCUGGCGCACAGGGCGCAGGUGUCCCUGGUGCAACCCCAACCGUUCCGACCACAGCAAGUGGCGCUGCUGCUGCUCCUGCCACUGGGAUGCCUAGUGCUGCUGCGGCUGCUGCUGCUGCUGCUCCUGCUGCCACUGCUCCCUCGCUCUCCGUGCUGGCUAAUCCUGUGCCAGGGCAGGCAGCAGGAGGCAGUGAGGGAGGCAAGGCGGUGCAGGUGCUGCCCAACCCGCAGCUGCUGCAGCCAAGCACGUUCCCUCCUGGGGCGAUACCAGGGGGAAUCUCAGGUGGGCUCUCAGGUGGGCCGUACUCCUUCAUGCUCAUGUAUGCCCCCCAACCUGGCAUGCUCCCGGGCGGCAGUGUGCCAGGUGUAGGGGCGGCAGGGGCGGCAGGGGCAGGCAGUGGAGGAGGAGGGUUGGGAGUAGCGGGGGUGGGAGGAGGGGUUGAGGGAGGAGAGGGAGGGACGGGAAGAGUAGCUGGUGGAGAGGGAGGAGGGCUAGGAGGGAAGGAGGAGGGGAUGCUGAGCACGGUGCGUGCACGGUCGAAUCCCGUGGCCACAAGAGAUCCCUCGUCUUCCACUGCCAGUGCUCCACGCGUGGUGCGAGGCAGGGGCGGCAGCGGCGGGGGGAGUGAGGGCGUGUUAGCAGAGCCACGCAGGGGGGCCAGUGGAGGGGGGAGCGAAGGUGGGGUAGCAGAGCCACGGGCUGAUGCUGCUGGGGAGUCUGCGUCUUGGGGCAGUGGGGAAGGUUCUCAAUGGGGCCAUGGCACCACUGCCGGUGCAGUGAGAGGGGAGGCGCGGCAUUCAGGUGGAGGGAAGCAGCAGCGAGGGGGCACAAGAGGGGAGGAUGGCCGAGGUGAGGGGAGUGGAAGGGGAGAGGUCAGCGGAAGAGGAGAAGGGAGUGGGAGAGAAGGGGGUGGAAGGGAAGGCAGUGGAAGAGGAGGAGAGAGAGGCGGGCAGCGUAGGGGAGAGGCUCAGGAUAUGGGAGAACAGGCAGAACAGCCUUCCUCAAAACUCCAACAACAGCAGCAGCCAGCAGCACUCAAGGGAGCACUAGGGGUGCCCCAACUGCAGCAGGGUCAGGUUUUGGCAAAGCCGAAGCAGAGUCUUGGCGCACCUCCCAUGGCACAGCAGGGCGCCGAGCCUGUAGAGCUGGACCGGCGAGUGCCCGAACCAGAUGACGAGCCUCUAGCUUCGGCGGAAACGGUGACCAUCAGUUGGAGGUCGUCCUUACGGCCGGGGGAAGAAAGGCAGGCGGCAGGGAAAAGGGCACCGAGAACUUCCCAGCAGCAGAUACAGGCCACGGGGUGGGGAGAACCGGAGGCGGCUGGAGUGUCAGCAGCAGCAGGAGGGGAGGUGGCAUCUAGGGAAGGCACAGCUCGAGAGGGUCCACAGCGAGUGCGCAGCCUGGGAGGGGCGUCCCGGUCAGAGGACAGGUUCUACAGCGCUCACCGAGGAGGACUUGGUAACCGCAAGGGCCUGGGCUUGACAGGAACUGCUGCUGGUGGUGCAGCUGGUGCUGCUGGUACUGCUGCUGGUUCUGCUGCCGGUGGUUCUGGUGGUGGUGGUGGUGGUGUGGCUGGUGGCAGUGACGGGGGCUCGGAUGGGCUGGGGAGUUCCGGAGGGUCUGUGGCACUUGGCGCACCAGCAGCAGGGCCAGGAGUUUCUUCAGGUAGCUCAGGUGCCUCUGGUGGCUCAGGGCCUAAGAGUAGUUCCAGUGGAGGCAGCUCAGUGGUGAGUGCCAGGGAGAGAGGAGGGGUCAGUACUGGGGGGAAGGGGGAGAAUAGGAGCAGCACUGGCAAGGGUGCUGCAGGUGCUGCAGGCACUGCUGGUGCUGCAGGCGCUGCUUCGUCCUUUGCAGCAGGGAUGGUGCCACCGUCGCUGCGGUCGAUGUCACCUCGGGCGGGUGGGAAGGGAAGUGCAGGCGUAGGGGCGGGUCGGAGUGGGCAGAGUGGGAGCGGAAGUGGCUCCCCGGUGUUGAACUCUCCCAAAGCAGGGAAAAGAAUAAGGGACUUCGCUCUGGUGGAGCACCAGGUGCUCUCCUUCUCGCCUGCGUUCAACGUCAUCACGGGUGACAGCGGGUCGGGCAAGUCAAUCAUCGUUCAAGCUAUAGGGCAGUGCUGGCUGUACUUCCUGUUUAUACUCUGUGUGACCCGUUCGCCCUUUCCUCCUCUCAUCCUCUCUGGUUGUUUUCUCCUUCCCCUCUUUUCCCCUCUUUCUCCUCCCCUCCUUUCCCUUUCGAUUGAAGGUACUGGGAGCACCAGCAUCAGAGGACUCUGUAUGGCCUUCGGCCCUCUCCUCCUCUCUCUCCGCACAUCUCUCCGUGUUCACUUCUCCUCCACUCCUCUCCUGCACCCUUCUUGUCCUCUCCUUUCCGCUUCCGCUUCUCCCCUUUCUGUCCCUCACUGGAAGGUACUGGGAGCAGUAGCGUCCGAGGAUUCUGUACGACCACCGGCCCUCUCCUCCAUUCUCUCCGCACAUCUCUCCCUCUCCCCCUCCGCCUCUCACUCCCUCCUGCAAUUCCUCAGGCAGGAAGGUAGGCUAGAUGUGGUAAAGGCCGUUACUGGGGGAGGUGGUUUAGCCGAUGAUUCAGGUGAUAAAAACGGAGGGCAGCAGGAGCGUGGUUCAGGGGUGAGCGGAGGUGGUGGUGUGCGAGUGAAGGUGAUUCUAGAGAGGGAGAUUUUCCGCUCUGUUGCUGCUGGUGAUGAUGCUUAUAGCGAGUCUGAGGCUGAUGGCAACAGCAACAGAGCGGGAAGCAGCAGCAAGAGUGAAAGCAGGAGCGGGAGCAAGGGCAAGAAGAGCAGCAAGGCGCGGAGUGUGUGCCGGGUGAACGGGGUGGUGGUUCCUCUGAAGGUGCUGCGUGCUGUGGGCGCAGCCCUGGUGGAUUUGAACGGUCAAAACGCGCAGGGGGCUCUUAGGAGUGAAGGCGCUCAGCUGAUGCUGCUGGAUAGAUUUGCAGAGCGGUGGGGGGGUGAGGAAGGAAUCGGGAAGGGUAGAGGGGAGGAUGCGGGGAAGGAGAGAGAGGAGGAGGAAAGGACUAGGGAGGGGGAAGAGGAGGAGAGAAGGGAGGGGGAGGAGGAAGAGGAGAGGGAGGAGGAGGGUGGGGAGGAGAGGGUGGAGGUGGGGAUGCUGCUGGCGAGGGCGCAGCAGGUGUGGGAGGAGCAGAAGAAGCUUCAGGAGGCAGGGGGGGAGCAGGCGCUGAUGGUGCUGCAGGAACUGGUGGACGACGUGGAACGACUAGGCCUGAAAGAAGGGGAAGUUGAGGCGAUCAGAGAGGAGAUUAAGGAGCACGAGCAGGCAGGCAGGGCAGCUGAGAGCUGCAGUCGCGCCCACGGGAUGCUGGAGGGGUCAGCAGCUCUUGGCGUGCUGCAUGGGUUGAGUAAGGCUGUGGAGGAGUUGAGAGAGGUGGAGGAGGAGGAGCAGGAGCAGGAAGAGCAGGACGGGGAGGAGGAGGAGGGAGGGAGUGGGAGGAAGGGGAGGAGGGGAGGGAGGGGGGGUGCAGGGGGGUAUGUGCAGAGAGGGAGGUUGGACGACCUGCGGUUCUCAAGAGAGCGCAUGGAUCGACUUAAGAAGCGGCUGAGAGAGAUAGAGGUGGUGCGCAGGCGCCACGCCGUUCGAACGGCAGCAGAGCUUUGGUCGGCCGCGCAGACAGCAGCAGAUCAGAUCGCCAGCUCAGGGAGUGUGGAGAAGAGGCGACGGGAGCUACAAGACGAAAUGAGCCACCUCGCGGCGGAGAUUGGGCGGCAGUUUUUGGCAGCUAGCAGGAGGAGGCGGGUGGCAGCAGAGGAUCUGGGGGAGCGAGUGGAGGGCGUGCUGAGAGGGCUGGAGAUGGGUGCAGCGCGAGGGGUGGCAGAGGGGUGGGGGAAUGCUAGUAAGUUCCACCCUCUCUUUCCUUCCUCUUUCUCUUCAUUCCACUUCUCUCUCCCUCCUCCCUCUCUUCCCUUCCCCUCCCCUCCCCUCCCCUCGCCUCCCCUCCCCUCCCCUCCCCUUCCCUCCUCUCCCCUCCCUGCCUUCCCCCAUCACCCCUCGUUGCAGGAGGCAGCAACUCCCCGCUUCUACAGUGCCACGUCAGCUCCCUCCAGCCAAUCUCAGAUUAGCAUGCCGGAGAGAAGAAGGGGUGGUGGAGUGGGAGAGAGGGGAAAGGGAGUAGAGGGGAGGGGCGGCUGGGGAAGGGAGGUAGAAGCAGUCUGGGACGAGGAAGAGGAGGAGGAGGGGGAGGAAGAAGAGGAAGAGGACGAGGAGGAGGAAGAGGAGGAGGGGGAGGAGGAGGAAGAAAGGGCACUCAAGAUUAUCGCAGCAACCACCACCACCACCUCCACCAGUCCCACCUCCCCAUCAUCCCUCGCAACAAGCAGCAGCAGCAGCAGUAGCAGAGGUGAUCUGCCAGCAGCCAAUGGGAGUGUGCCAGGUGUCAGCGUGUCGGUGUUUGAUGAGCUGGACAGCGGUGUGGGUGGCCGAAUCGCUUCCCGAUUCGCCCUCGCCCUGCGCCACCUGUGCAGACAGGGUAACCAGGUUAUCUGUAUCACUCACCUGCCCCAAGUGGCGGUGCAUGCAGACGCACACAUGAGUGUGAGCAAGCACGUGGACGGGGCCGAUGGUCGCAUGCGCACCACUGCUGCGCGCCUUACAACCCUGGAAGAACGG